UCACACCAUGCCAUGCAUGAUCCGAACCAAAUCUUCAAGCAAACCAACGAUGGCUUCCAUCCACGCCCCAGGCCGGAGAUCCCCAUAUAUAUACCCCUCGCAAGACGUCGAGACGAUCACCAUCCAAGUGCAGCGCAUAGACACAGAGAGAAUUCAGAGAAGCGUGAAGUGCAGCAGCAAGAGAUGGAGUUCAAGGGGAGGUGCCUCUGCUUCCUUGCGAUGCUUCUUGUGGUGGCCGGCCGGCUGGGGACGGCGCGCGGCGCCGGGGAGUGCGGCCGCGUCCCCGUGGACAGGACGGCGCUGAAGCUGGCCCCGUGCGCGGCGGCCACGCAGAACCCGCGCGCCGCGGUGCCGCCCAGCUGCUGUGCCCAGGUGCGCGGCAUCGGCCGCAACCCGAAGUGCCUCUGCGCCGUCAUGCUGUCCAACACCGCGCGCCAGGCCGGCGUCAAGCCCGCCGUGGCCAUGACCAUCCCCAAGCGCUGCGCCAUCGCCAACCGCCCCAUCGGUUACAAAUGCGGCCCGUACACCCUGCCAUGAGGAGGCGGAGCGAAGGUGAUGGGACUGGAAGGGAAAGGGCUCUUAAACUCUCACUGCCGUCCAACAGGAGUAUAAACCUGCUGUAACAGGCUGUGAUCUUUGUUUGUCAUGUGCAAACUUUUUCUUGUACCUUCUUCUGAAUAAUAAUGGAUAACGCCUAUGUUGGAAUAAAA